UUUCAGCCUCGGGCGCCGGGGAGGCUCGGCCGACCUGCUGAUUGGGGACCGAUAUGGCUGCGACUUUGGGCAGCGGGGAGCGCUGGACAGAAGCCCGCAUCAGGCACCGUAGGCUGACCUUUUCCAUCCUGCAGUCAAGCAAAGAGUGUUGAUUCAAUACCUAUUAUGUGCCCAGCAUUAUGAUGAUUGUGCAUCAGGGAUUUGACAUCGAUUUGGGCCCCUGAGAUCACAGAACUCUGAGUCCACUGAGGGAGUAUGACAGCUUACAUUGAUGCAAUUAGAAGAAACAAAUACCCAGAAGAUAGACCUCCUGAAAGUCAUGACCCCUGUGGUUGCUGUAACUGCAUGAAAAUGCAAAAGGAAAAGAAGUCUGAGAAUGAGUGGAACCAAACCCGGCAGGGUGAGGGGAGUGCCACUUACACUGAGGAGCAGCUGCUUGGGGUACAAAGGAUCAAGAAAUGCAGAAAUUACUAUGAAAUUUUAGGAGUGUCUCGAAAUGCCAGUGAUGAAGAGCUUAAGAAAGCUUACCGAAAACUUGCCCUGAAAUUUCACCCUGACAAGAAUUGUGCUCCUGGAGCGACAGAUGCUUUCAAAGCGAUAGGAAAUGCCUUUGCAGUCCUGAGUAAUCCUGACAAGAGACUCCGCUAUGAUGAAUAUGGAGAUGAACAGGUGACUUUUACUGCCCCUCGAGGCAGACCUUACAGCUAUUACAGGGACUUCGAAGCAGAUAUCACUCCAGAAGAACUAUUCAAUGUCUUCUUUGGAGGACAUUUUCCGACAGGAAACAUUCAUAUGUUUUCAAAUGUGACAGAUGAUAGUCACUAUUAUCGCCGGCGGCACCGACAUGAGAGGAUGCAGGCACGGAAGGAAGAAGAAGAAGAAGAAGAAAAGCCUCAGAAUACGUAUUCUGCAUUUAUUCAGUUACUUCCAGUUCUGGUGAUUGUGAUUAUAUCUGUUAUUACUCAGCUGCUAGCUGCUAAUCCCCCAUAUAGUCUAUUCUAUAAAUCGACCUUGGGCUACACCAUCUCUAGAGAAACACAGAACCUGCAGGUGCCUUACUUUGUGGAUAAAAACUUUGAGAAGGCCUACAGAGGAGCCUCUCUACGGGACCUGGAGAAGACGAUAGAGAAGGAUUACAUUGAUUACAUCCAGACAAGUUGUUGGAAGGAGAAACAACAAAAGUCGGAAUUGACAAAUUUGGCAGGAUUAUACAGAGAUGAACGAUUGAAACAGAAGGCAGAGUCACUGAAACUUGAAAACUGUGAAAAACUUUCCAAACUUAUCGGCCUACGCAGAGGUGGCUGAGAGGAUGAUGGCCCUACACAGGGUCGGGGUUUUGCUACUUGUUACUAUUUAUGUUCCUAAUUCCAUUUUAUAAUACAAAAUUAAGAAAUGAUGAACAUUUUACAACUUGCUAACUUUGGUGGGCAGAGUUGAAGGCACUUGAGCAUGGAGCCAGACUUGUCAUCACAGAAUCUUUCCUGGGGAUUGGCUCCAGGGGCCAUGAACAGUUCAUCUAAGUUGAAUUAACAGCAGAGCGUUUGAUGUAGUCCCCUUGCUCCGUGCCUACCCUGCCUCUAGGAUUGGGAUUCAGGCAUCCCAGAGCAGAUCUACAUAUUCUUCCUCCUUCCCUUCUUCAGUUAAAUCUCAAUGCCCAGCCAUUCCUAGGCGUAGCCAAAGCAGCUUAAUAUUAGUUGUUUACAGUGUGCACGAAGAAUGAUCCCUCUCCCCUCAUGAAAGUCAUCAUGUCCCCUAGCAUUCCGCCCUUGGAACAUGGGCCCACCAUGCUUGCAUUUUCUAAGGGGAAUGUGGAGAGAUGUCAGCUAUUACGGACAAUAGUUUUCCCAUUUGCCUAUCUCUGUUCAAAGUUACUAGCAUUAGCAAACUGCCUGAUUUGAGUUUCUUUUACUUCCUUAACCCUUUCUCGUCGAGGGUCCAGAAAGUAAAAGCUAUUGGGUGAAACAGUUCCAUGGACAACUCAGCAGCAGAGAGCAGGGGUACGGGGAUAAAGGUAAAAAUGCAAGACUGAGUUUCCUCUUGCAGCAUGACAUUUGACCAGAGUCCCUCCACCCCAGAGAAGUCAGACCUAAGAAUAGGCAUUGCCAGCCAACCAGGAUGGUUGCUCAAGCCUAGAUCUAGAAGGGAAAGAGGCUGUUUCUGUGGCUUUGGAGGUCUGGUAUUGGUCCCAAGCAGUCACUGUGUUUAACCCAAUGCCCUACAUUUUGUUAUAUGAGAUGCUUUGCCAUGUAGUCAACAUUUAUUGAGUGCCUGGUAUGAAGCAGGGGCUCCCACAUAUAGUUUCUUACUUUAGCCUCCUCAUAAUGCUGUGAAGGAGACAUGUUACCCUCCCCCCCCCCCCGCCUUUUUUUUAUG